AUGGAAGAGAACGCGAAUGGGUUAAGGACGUCGGAUCCCGUUUCGAUAGAAGGGGAGUCUGGGGAGUCUGGGCUGUCAGGUCCUCGCGACGAGACUCGAACUAAUGAAGGCGCGCAUAACGCCGAGCGAAAGACGGACAGCGCAGAAGGGGAACGGGUCGACGGGGGGAGAGGGGAAAGGGAGGGGCGCGGCGACGGGAGCGCGGAAUGUCGGAGCGAGGGAUCCGCGGUAAUGGCGAGGGAAGAAGAGCUAGCAGCCGGCGUAGGUGCAGAACUAUUAACAUCAGCCGCUUCGCAGGCACCUGUGACUGAUACCGCGGCGCGGAACGGGACGAUAGCAGCUUCCGAGUCCAGUGAGGCAGCAUUUUCUGUUGUCGAAACGACGCAAAUAGCGCGUACGUCGUCUCCUGCAGCCCUAUCAGCAUCGAGAGGAGGUUCAGCCGUAGCCGCUGAUUCCUCCUCUUCCUCCGCCGCCACCGCCGCGGCCGCCGCCGCCGUCGCUGCUGCUGCAGCGCCAUCAAACCCUUUUCUUACAGCAUCACCUUCCCAAUCGUCCUCGUCAUCAUCCACGUCAGCAUCCGCCUCACCUUCCUACUCCCCUCCCCCUUCCCCCAUACCUUCCCCGUCCGCCCGCUCCGCCGCCGCAUGGAUGCCCCGCUCCGCCUCCGCUGCGCCCAUCGUCCACUCCACCCCGCCGCUUCCGCGCCCUCCCCCGCCCCACCCGCUCCAGCGGGAAGCUUUCGCGGAGCACCCGGCAGAGGAUCCCGAGUCGCCCCCGCCGCUUUACCCCUUCGGCGCGGCGCAAGCGCCGGGCGUGCUGACGUUCGUGUGCGAAACGCCACGUGGCUUCGCGGGGAGGCAAGAGGUGAAGGGGUGGGACGCGCAGGGGAACGUGCAGCUCGGGCGGUAUAUGUACUUCCCCAAGGAAACUCCGUGGCAUUAUGGCGUCGACGGUACUAAUUAUUCUCUCUUAGACGCGCAGUCAGGCGAGCCUUUACCGAGUCGCGGGAAAAACCCGAACCAGAACCAGAGAGAAUACCAGUAUCAGCUGCAGCUGCAGCUUCAGCAAUUCGGGGUCCCCUCCCCGCGCUACCAUCACAUGCCGCAGUCCCCGUCGCAGUCGCAGCACCUGUCGCAUGCGCAGUCGCAGCCGUCGCUGCCACAAUCGCAGUCGCUAUCGUCGUCGCAGGCGUCGCAGCAGCCGUCGCAGGGCCCCGUGUCGCCGCUCCUCCUGGGCUGUCCGCUGGAAGUUCUAGAUAUCGGAUCCGCGAAGCGCAAAGUCGGGGAAUCUUACCCGGUUCGCGUGCUCGCAGCGCUCUGCGUGAUGGAAGGGACACGUCAGCCGAAGCCGUCGUGGAAGAUCGUGACGAUCGCGGCCACUGAUCCGAUGGCUGAUCUGAUGACACGUGUCUCGGAAGUGAGCAAAGGCGGCGGGACGUUAGGGGAUGUGUUAAGGGACGUGCAUCGUGAUCUGAAGGCUCUCGUGAACGCGAAAGCAGGUGCGUUAUAA